AGAAAUCUCCCGCGGUUGUUACGGUUGUGCCGUGUUGUUCUACUCUCGUAUUUGUUCCGUUCGAGUGUCGGUCCUUGGUAAUUGUUCUAGGCCGUGAUUUCCCUCAACGCUUCCACCAUGAGAAUAACUAUCACCACAGUGACUGGCGACGUUUUCGUGCUUGACGUGUCGGCUGAUAUUGAGCUCGAGAAUCUGAAGGCCCUCGCGGCAUUCGAGGUUGGAAUUCCUGCAGCAGAGAUGAUCGUCAUCCAUGAAAUGCGACCCUUAACCGAAGAUAAAAGACCGAUAUCUCAGCUCGGUCUCAAAGACGGCGACAUGGUGCUGGUUCAAAAGUCCCCUCCCAGGGCCCAACGUACCCCCCAGGGAUCACUACCGGAGAAUGAUCCAGCUGUCCUAAGGCAAAUGCUCCUAUCAGACCCAGAGCAGCUCGCAUUGGUGAGACAGAAGAACCCUCAGCUAGCAGAGGCCCUGGAACGGAGCCCCGAGGAGUUCGACAAGUAUGUGCGAGAGUUCAACCGCGAAAGAGCGGAGAGAGAAAUGGCACGGAUUCGAAUGCUCACUGCGGAUCCCUUCAAUCCGGAAGCUCAAGCAUUGAUUGCCGAAGAAAUAAGACAGAAAAAUAUCGAUUCCAACAUGGAGGCUGCGAUGGAGCAUCAUCCGGAGGCUUUCGGAACGGUCGUGAUGCUUUACAUAAAUUGCAAGGUGAACGGGCAUCCUGUGAAAGCUUUCGUAGAUUCAGGAGCACAAAGAACAAUCAUGAGCUCAGCUUGCGCCGAACGCUGCGGAAUAAUGCGUCUAGUCGAUCCACGCUGGGCUGGCAUUGCAAAGGGUGUAGGAACGCAAAAAAUUCUGGGACGCAUCCAUUUGGUCCAAAUCGAAAUAGAGAAGGAUUUCCUAACGACCAGCUUCUCUGUACUGGAAGCUCAGCCGAUGGACAUGCUCUUGGGCCUGGAUCUCUUGAGACGCUUCGAGUGCGUCUUAGACCUGAAACAGAAUGAGCUGAUCAUCGGUACAACCGGAACCCGAACCCAGUUUUUGCCAGAGUCUGAGCUCCCCGCGCACGCUCGCUUGGACGCCGUGAUGGAUGAAGAGAGCGCGAUGAAAGCAGCGCUCGAGAACUCGAAGAUGGAUACCAGCGCGGGCCCUUCAACUUCUCAAGGGAGCUCCAGUGGUAGCGUUCUCAGUAGCUUGCGAUACGGCACCGAGACGCAAGUCAAGGAAAUAAUGGCCUUGGGAUUCAAACGCGAGGACGCUGUUCGAGAGUUGGAGGGAGCCAAGGGCGAUAAAAACGUAGCCAUCGGUGCCCUAUUCGCGAAAUCGUUCACUGUUCCAAAAUAGGAGUCUCGACUUCCGAACUCUCUACGUCGCACAAUCGGAGAGAAAGAAAUUGUGUCAUCUGUACAGUUGUCCAGGAUUUUCGAGCGGCUCUUUCCGGACUCUCCACCGAAGCGGUGCGCGGAGACGCAGGCUCCGUGCGUAUCGGGUCCUUCGUCUGGCUGAUCUACUAUUUUUGCUUCAUUGUGCUCAUGACAGUAUUCGAAUUCGAGAGGGGGAUGAUUCGGAUGAGUUCUUCUAUAUUCCGGAUCUGGGAUACGCGCUCUGUCGACCUCCAAUCAAAGCAUCAGCUUGCGUGAACUUCUUGUGAAAUCGUUACCUCAUUACUCUUAAGACACAAGGGGGCACUUCGGCCUUACGAUUGAUGUAAUUAAUAAAAUA